AAACAUUCCUGGAGUUGCGCCCCCUUGCCCGCUUGGCGGCGCUGCGGUAGUUACGGUCCAACAUUCAUCGUUGUAUCCGCGGGAACAUAUAAACUUCAGUCGACAUUGACCCACUUGCUUUUCUGUAAACAGCCGGUAGUACUUGAAGGCCUAUUUCUAUCAUGAAUUACGGAAGCUGGAAGUUGCCCGAACUGAAGACUGAGCUCAAAGCACGAGGUGCUCGAGUGUCAGGAAGAAAAAUCGAUCUGAUAGAACGACUCGAGAGCUAUGACCGAAACUGCAAUUUUGGGAGAGAGCCAGAACUUGAAGCUGAGUUUGAAAUGACACUGCCCCUAGUUGAAACUUAUAGGGAUGUAAAUGGUGACAGUCAUCUUCCUUUUUUAGCAUAUGAAGCUAUAAAUUAUUACUUACAGCCUUUUCAGAAGAAACUUGGUUCAAGUUCCAAGAAUCUGUACACUAGUAGGUUUUUGAAAUUUUUUCGUUAUUCAAAACCUAAUAACAUGUGUUUCCUGAAGUCUGAGUGCUGUGCUGAAAUGAAGAAGCAUGUGACUUACAAAGUCGAUAUUGCAAUUGAUGACGAUGGUUCUGUUGUGGAGGGGCAGUGUGAGUGUGCUGCAGGCCAGGGUCCAUCAGGACAUUGCAAACAUAUUUGUGCAGUGUUAUAUGCUAUGCACAAGUUUUCAACAACUGGCGAUGUUUUAACUGAAGAAACAUGUACUCAAAGAUUACAAACAUUUCAUAAAAGUAAACCCUAUAAAGGCAGUCCCAUAAAGGCGACUGACCUUGAUUUAUGCAACAGUGAAUUGAAUGUUAUAUUUGACCCACGACCAGUUCAGUAUCGCCAAGUGCCAAAUUACCCUGACUUUUUCCGCAAUGUUUGGUUGAACCACCCUAGUGUCAAUACAUUUCCAGUUGCUCAAAUGUUUCCUCCAGCAAAUCCAUUUGCUGUUAAUCAUGAUCAUGAUUAUCUUAAGUUAUCUUUAGCUGACCAAUACCUGAAAUCCCAGAAUAUAUCAGAAAUAUCAGAUAUGGACAAAACCAACCUUGAAAUAAUAACCCGUAAACAGUCAAAGAGCGAGGAAUGGAAAACUGAACACACACAGAGAAUUUCUUCUUCCAAUUUUGGGAAAAUUUGUUUGGCAACAGACAAAACUGAUUUUCAUAAACUUGCUAGAUCAAUGACUAAGCCUUUCGAGGACAUUCAAAGUCCACCACUUAGACAUGGCAGAAAAUAUGAAAAGGUGGCAAUAAAAGCUUUUGAAAAGUCAAGUGGUUUCAAAACCUCACCAUGUGGCAUGUUUGUGUCAGAUGUUCAUCCAUUUCUCGCAGCUUCACCUGAUUCACUUCUCAGUGAUGAUACUACCAUUGAAGUGAAAUGUCCAUUUGCAUCUAAAGACCGUCUAAUCUCUGAGAUAACUGUUCCCUAUUUGAAGGUAUCUGAGGGAAAACUUACCCUUGACAAAAGCAAGCCAUAUUUCUUUCAAGUGCAAGGGCAGCUCUACUGUACUGGUAGAAAACAGUGCAUUUUUAUUGUAUACACGAUGAAGGAUUUGAAAUAUUUUACUGUAUCCCGAGAUGACCAUUUCAUUGAAUCUAUGGUUGAAAAACUUGUGGCAUUUUAUGACACCUUUUUCAAAAAGGCACUACUUGACAAAUUCUAUUUCAGAGAUUACGACAGGUAUUCCUGGUAAAUUUCAGUUACUGCUGAUACUCAUGUGUCAAUGGUCAUCAGCCCUAUAAACAAGAAAGACAGAAUUGUAGUCUCAAUGUUUAAUGCUGAACAUAUUAUAUUCUGCAUAUAUGGACAUUCACAAACAAAAAGUUAUGAAAAAACUUGCGGGGCUCCAUUUAAGGAUGAUAUUUCACCAGAUGCAUGUUGACGUGAAAAGAGUUGCAUCAGACAAAACCAGGUUGAACUCUGGUCCCAUACAUUGAUGUAUUCACUUGUGUAAAUAAAUACAAUCUCAGAUGUUUAUUAAGACAUAUAGUACUUACUGUUACAGUACUAUGUGACAAUGGCAUCCAUCUCUUAAUCACUCCAGUAUUUAUAAGUUGGAUAAUCUAAAUAUCACAACGUACACACUGGUCCCAUACAUGGAUGCAUUCACUAGUCUAAAUAAAUACAAUCUCAGAUGUCAGUUCAUACUUACUGUUACAUAGAGAAUCUCACCCGAUGUAAUUUCAUUGCAGCGAUAUCUACAGUGUAGAUAUCGCUUGAUCUCAUCCAAGCGAUAUCGCCUGUGGGAGCCAGUUUUGGAUGAUAAAGUACUAUAUGACCAGGCACCUCAUUAUCAACUACUUGAAAGAAAAAAUGGUCUGUAAAAAAAAAUAAUCUAAAUAUGUAUGUGAAUCAUUAAUUGCCUGUUUUUAAAUUUGAUGUGAUGCUAUAAUCAACUGA